CACAGUACCAGGAUGUGUUGUAUCUCUCUUCGGAUUCUGUUCAGUUAUACCUUACUGGUAUUCUGGGUUCAGGCGAGUCCGUCCGAAAUAGACAUGACCUGUCUGAAGGAGGGUCGGUUCCCCCACCCGAUUGUGUGCGGGGGUUACGUCGAGUGCGUCGCUAACGAAGGAGAAGUGGAAGCAGGUCUUGUCUCUCGUCAGGGGCGCUGUAUCAAGGGAACUUUCGACCCCUCCAUCAGCGCCUGCGUCACGAGGCAUGAGGAGGACGAAUGCCGACCGUGGCAGCGAAAGGGGCGAAUGCUCGAGCGAGACGAGACCUACGACUUCGUCUGCCCCGAGAACCGAAACGGCUUCUUCUGUGCCACCUGCAAGACCCUGGUCCAGUGCAUCGACGGGAAGGCGUACCCAGAGCAUUGUCGUUCUGGAGACUUCUGCGACCUGAGGCUGGACUUUGGCGGGGCAGUUUGUUACCCGAACCACCCCGUGAACUGUACCUGCCAAGAGGCAAAUGCGUUUAGUAGCGAUCUGUACAGUCAAGAGGACUAUUUCUUCUGCAGGAAAGCCAACGAAGACCCCGAGAUGCGCCAGUGUCCUCGCGGAGAGGUCUUUGACGAAGGUAUAUCCAGCUGCAGAAAUAGAUAUUAUCUGCCUGCAUGCACGAGCAUCGGCGUUUUCGCGAACCCCGCAAAUUGCUCACAGUUUUACACGUGCAUUUACAACAUCAACGGUUGGAUCCAGAGUCCGCAUUCCUGCAACAACAGCACCCAUUCCGGCCUCAUGUACAACGAACAGACGGCGCAGUGCGAAGACCCUUGCAAGUGGCGCAACCUCGGGUUCACUUGCCAAAAAGAAGGCCGCUUCCCCGAUCCUUUUGACUGCCGUCGGUACUUCGAAUGCGUCCUGGACGCCGACAGAUCCGCCUUCCGGCAGGUCCACCACACGUGCCCCGGCGAGUACACGUGGCAUCCUUCGCUCCUCGACGGCUUCGGGCUGUGCGUCGAGGCGGCCGACAACACGGCCUGCGCGGCAGUGCUUCCGGUCUCGAAGUGCGUCGUCCCGGAAGACCGUUGCGCCGACAGGAGCUUCCGCAGGUCGCUCUCGGGGGUCGUCGGCGGGAACGGCACCGCCGAGACGCAGGCGAUGAUUCAGGACGUCAAGAUAACCAUCAGAGUCUUAAAUCCUGACGAGCCGUGUCAUCCAGCGUUCAAUAAAGUCUUCAAGGAGUGUAUCCACAUCAGCGCGGACAUGUUGCCCUGGGCUGAGGCACGGACGGCUUGUAGGUACAUCGGCGGCGACCUGGCAACACCGAGGGAUGUGAACGAACUGCAGGAAUAUAUCAAUGCGAAAUCAGACGCCAAAUACCUGUGGCUGGGCGGGACAGACGCCGACGACGAAGGUAACUGGAGGUGGCUGUCGGGUCGCGCCGUCAACGCCUCCCUCUGGAGACCCGGGAAACCCGACGGAGGCAGACUGCAGAACUGCCUCGUGCUCGCUGCCGCCCACACGCCCCCGCUCGAUGACUACUUCUGCUCCACGGCCUUCAGCUACGUGUGUCAGUACUACUAACGGAGCGAUGGGAGGAGGAGGAGGGGGAGGGUGUACUCGUAAUUUAUGGUAUUAUUGUUAGUAUUGUUACUGUUGUUGGUAGUCAUAGUUUCAUUCCUAACGUUUUUAUUGUUACUAUCACUAUCGUCAUCUCUAUCAAUAGUAUUAGUACCACUGUUGCUCUCAUGAUCUCUAUGAUGUUAUCAUUAUCAUCAUAAUCAUCGUCAUCAACAUGAUUAUCACCUCCAUCAUUAUCACUACCAUCAUUGUUAUUAUCACUAUCAUCAUCAUCCAUAACUGUAUUAUCAUUAUCACGAUUAUUUUUGUUAUUGUUUACCCUCUAUUUACCUACACCCCCCUUGGCUGAUAUGGUAUCUGAAAGAAAAUACAGAAUUUCAUUUAUUAAAAGAGAGAACGAUUU